AUGUCAGACCAGCGACUGUGGGCUUUCCAAAUCGUCGGUGUCCCCCAUCCGCCAGCCUGGGAGCAGGCCAUGAAGGACCUGGAAGAUGAGCGCGCCGCCAAUAACAUUGCAGGAGUACGCAGGAGGCUCCAGGAGCUCGAAGUCGAGUAUCAAGACCUGCCCCCGCUACCGCCUCAGCUGCCCAGCCCUCUAUACGUAAUGCAGGAUGUGCCCGGCUACCGCGACGACGAUUCCUCGAUGUCUUUCUACCGGUCCUGCGCCGAAAGUGACCUCGACCGCGUCCGCACCUUCGUGGACCACUCCACGCCAACACCCGCGGACCUUUCCUUCGCCUUGCCCAUCGAGUUUCCAGAGGAUGAGUCGCAAAGCAUAUUCACAAGCGGGAGCCCCCAGCUUCUGAACCUUCUGAAAACUCUCGUCGACUUUGGAUGGCACCCGAACCAGCUACUCGGCCCCCUACAGAGAGGCAUACGGCUACCCCUCUGCCUCGCCCGCCAGGAGGUUGCACUGCAUCAUCCGCGUUGUAUCCUGGAUAUAGAUAUACUGCGCUUUCUCCUUGACGCCGGAGCGGAUCCGACCAUAGGUAGGGAUUUGCUUGGCGAUAUCAUGUUCAGCUUCUCCGAACAGCCCGUGCAGAGGCUCAAGAGGCACAUCCUGGAGAUGGCGGCCAAUCUCGGCGCCACAGAAGCUGUGACUCUCCUCGUAUCGCACGGGGCGAAGCCGGAAUUUGGUAUGCCGUUGCAUGGUCUUGCUUGGCGAAGACCUGAUCCAGCGACUACUGUGGUGAUGGACGAAGAACUCUUCAAGAGGCUGUGCCAAGAACCGCCUGAGCUGGAGUAUCCCAAUCUCUCUAGACGGUUCUCUAUGGCACAGCAUUUGAUUGCCCUGGGCGAGGACAUUAACAGGGUGGCCAAUGUGUGA